AUGGCUGGAUCUAGCAGUUCCUCAAACGAGAGAUCAGAUAUCGAAGAGGAGAGAUCGUUAACAGUUCUAUACGCCACACAAAGCGGGAAUGCACAAGACGUUGCAGAAAGAAUCGGAAGGCAAGCACGAAGGCGGCAUGUCCAUGCUCGCUUAUAUUCUAUGGAUGAAUAUGACAUUACAAACCUGAUCAAUGAAGCAUUGGUAGUUUUGGUAGUGGCUACAACCGGAAAUGGCGACUUUCCCACUUCAGCUUUAUCUUUUUGGCGAUUCUUACUACGAUCAGAUUUACCAGAAGAUAUCCUAUCAGAUGUGACAUUUGCAACGUUUGCUUUAGGCGACAGCAGUUACAAACGAUUUUGCUGGCCAGCACGAAAGAUCAACAAGCGACUAAAAGGUCUGGGAGCAUAUGAGAUAAUAGAAGGUGGAGAAGCAGAUGAUCAGCAUUACCUCGGCAUAGAUGGUACAUUGAGACCUUGGCUGGAUACGCUAUGGAGUACGUUGGAUGACGUACUGCCGCCUACGCCAGACAAUAAAGCCAUCCUUCCCGAUGAUCACCUUUUGCCGCCGGCUAUUGAUGUUCAACUAGCCAGCACCACAAAUGGACACGCGAAACAGAACGGUGCAGUCAAUGGCAGCCCAGGCGAGAGCAUCGAUACGGGCUGGCUAUCUUCCCGACUGACAAAGAAUAAACGUAUCACAGCGGAAGACCAUUGGCAAGACGUUCGCUUGAUCGAAUUUGAAGAGGAAAACGGGGAAUAUAUAGAGUUCAGACCAACAGAUGUGUUAUCGGUGGUGCCAGAGAAUAACGAAAAGGAUGUGACUGCCAUACUUGGUAGGCUUGGAUGGACCGAAGUAGCAGAUCACACACUAACACUCAUACCAGCAAGUAAAGAAGAUUGGAUACCGGGCAGAUUACUGCAAGAUCAACCACUCACUCUACGCAAGCUCUUGACGAAACAUCUAGACUUCAAGAGUGUACCUAGACCUUCGUUCUUUGAACGCAUUCUACCAUUCACACCAGCGGAUCAUAUGCAACAUGAAAAGUUACAAGAAUAUUGUACGCCAGGAGAAGGAGCAGAUGAUAUGUAUGAAUAUGCAAUUCGAGUCAGGCGAACGAUUUUGGAAGUUUUGCAAGAGUUUGAUGCCGUUCAAAUUCCGAUUCGUUAUGUAUUGGACGUAUUUCCCCUUUUGAGAAGACGUGAAUUUAGCAUUGCGAAUGCGCCUAAGCAGCACAUCGUCGAAUCGGCAAACAAGAUUCAACUUUGCGUUGCUAUUGUUGAUUAUAAAACACGAUUGAAAGAUCGAAGGACGGGUGUUUGUACUUCAUGGCUGUCUACACUUCAGCCAGGUGCACGUAUUCCGAUCUCAAUCGCACCUUCUGCAAUGCCUACGCAAGCCUUACGGAAUCAUUCUGCACCGGCAAUCUUCGUUGGACCAGGAACGGGGAUUGCACCAAUUCGUAGUGCAUUAUGGGAUCGAUACGCAACUCUAAACGGUUCAAUGAAGGCUAAAGAUAAUUUGUGCUUCUUUGGGUUCCGCAAUCAAGCGAAAGACUUUUUGUUUGGAGAAGAGUGGAACGACCUCGCUUCGAAAGGAUGCAUCACACCAUACCUUGCAGCCUCACGCGAUCAAGAGGAAAAGAUUUACGUACAAGAUCUUAUCAGUAAGGAAAGCGAACAGGUAUGGAAGAUAAUCUCUAAUCCUAAAGGGCUUGUUUAUGUUUGUGGAAGUGCAGGCAAGAUGCCGCAAGCCGUUCGUGCAAGUAUCGUUGAAGCCUGUUGUACGCAUGGCAAAAUGCAAGAAGAGCAAGCAGAAGACUACAUCAACCAAAUUGAAACACAAGGACGUUGGAUUGAAGAAUGUUGGGAUUGA